GACACAUUUGAUUCCCCUUCUCUCAAAGAAGUUCUCUGUCUCACACACGCACAAAAAAAUAAAAAACUUUCACACCAAUUUCACCAAAUACAUACACAAACAAAUGGAUCCUGUAUGUGUCGAUAAACCUAUAGAUACAGAAGAAACUGAUCCAGAUAUUCCAGAAAGUUCCGAAUUCGUUCCACCGGAAUCCUUUUGGCUUUCAAAAGACUCCGAAUACGACUGGUUUGAUCGUAAUGCUUUCUUAGAAAGAAAAGAAUCAACAAAAGGUAAUUCAAAUUCUAAUUCUAAUUCGAAAAAUUUGAAUCAGAAUAUUAAUGGAAGCUAUUCUAGAUCUAAUUCUCAGAAAUUUUCAGUUAAUCUGAAAUCAAAACCUGCUAUUAUCGGUUUACCUAAAACGCAAAAGAAUACUCAUGUUGAUUCAAAUCGCCGGCAGUGUAAGCCGGCAAAUGUACGGUUGUUUCCGAAACGGUCAGGUUCUGGUGGUCGAACCGUCGUGGAACCGUCGUCUCCUAAGGUUUCGUGUAUCGGUAGAGUUAGAUCGAAGAGGUGUGCUAGCCGCCGGCGGUCGACGGCGCCGACGCCGGUGAAACAACCGGCGAGCCAACAGAAAACCGGAAUUAUGUCGAAGAUAACGUCGUUGUUUAGAUCGGACGGUAACCGGCGGAGGAAAGGUAGUAAAGCGGCGGUCAAAGUCAACGAGCAAACGGAGAAUUCUUACUCGAGGAAAAACAGUGUGAAACCGGUGACUAGCGAACCGGCGACGCCGCCGGAACCGCCGGCUUUAGGUGGAAUGAAUCGGUUUGCCUCUGGCCGGAGAUCGGUGGCGUGGUCUGAGGAUAUUGAAGUUGAAGGUCGCCGGUCGACAAGCUGACGUGGCAGUACAGGCUGUUAAAACUUACCGUUGACUAAAUGCGUGGGAAGUUAGUUGAGAUGACGUGGCACGUGGAUAAAUAUCAAAGUUUUACUUUCUGUUUAUUGUUAACAACGUACAGCGGUUUUUAUGGCUAGUUAGGUUUGAUUUUUAUUUUGAUUUUUGAUUUUUUUGGGUGUGAGAUAAUCCUUUUCUUCCGGAGUUAGAUUAACAAACUUUAAUGUUACAGAAAAUUACAAAGUGUUAUUAUAUAAAUUAUUGGCUGCAUAAACAAGUUACUUCGUAUUAAUCAA